CCGCCUUCAAUUGCAUGAUCGUUCUCUCUCCCUCCCCGGAAUUGAAAAGACAUCCGGAGCAGAACUAUUGCAUGAUCAUUCUCUCUCUCCAAAGGAAGGGGUUAAUUAGGGUUUUGUUCGCUCUCUAGAAUUCCAAAAUCUCUUCCUUAACCAACAGAUUCUUCUUCUCUUAAGAAACUAUUCCCGGUAAGGGUAGCUUUAGGGUUUGGGUUUUUCUAUUUGUUAAUUAACUAGUAAGGAAUACAGUUCUAUAAGAAGAUGUACGCUGAUCGAGAGGAGGUCGAAGCGAAGAGGUCAAUAAAAGACCGACUCAAUGGGGCCUCCGUUGGUGAUACUCGGCGUCGACAAGUCACCGGCAAGAGGCAUAGGCAAGAUGACAAGUGGGAACAUGAUCUUUAUAAUGAUGAUGAAUCCCAAAUUUCAAAUCACAAGGUUGAGGCUCGAGAUCUCCGUUUGAAGCUCCAAAGGAAAAAUAUCCAACAAGCAUUUCAAAGUGGGCCUCUUUCAGGUGUGAGGGAUCUACGUGAAAAGCUGUCUGGCCUGACUAAUACACAAUUAGUGAACACUGAUCCCUCAAAGGCAAAACUGGAGGCUUUUAGACUGCCCAAGAAAAGUGUAGCUGUUGAGGCCCCUGCAACAGAGGCCAAAAAGGCGACCAACCCUUCUUCUAAAAAGAAAGCUCCACAAAAGGCUGGUACAUCUGUGGAUGAAUUUCUGCACUCUUUGGAUCUCGAAAAGUAUCUUAUUACUUUUCAAGCCGAGGAAGUUGAUAUGGCGGCUCUACUGCACAUGACUGAUGAUGACCUCAAAGCUUUAGGAAUACCGAUGGGUCCAAGAAAGAAAAUACUUUUAGCAUUGGAAUCAAGAGCCUGACAUCUGGGAGUAGAGCAGGUUAUUUGCCAGAUCUUCAUUAUAUUGGUAUGGCAGAGCUUGCAUGUUAGCAGGCUGUGUUUUGACUUGUAUCAGCACCUCUAAUUUUCUUCUGUUCUUUUUUUUUUUUUUUUAGUUUCUUUUGUUCCCCUUUUUACUGGUUGUGCUGCUACUUAACCGAUAGUGGCUUAAUUGAUAGUAAACAGGUAUGAAAUUGUUGGCUUAAGCAGAGGAAGAGGGUUCAAUGUAAAGAAUUUGCUGGUUUAUUUUAUGAAAGCUAUUUUUUUGGAUUUUUCCUACA